AUGUCGACGGCGUCGCGGCCAUCCGGCCAGCCUAGCCGUCGGCUGCAUAACAAUGGCAACAAUACCUCGACCAGGACUCGAACCCCCUCGCGCGUCCGCGGCCAGAACGUGGUCGUCGACCACGAGGAAGCCCGAAGCUUCGCCCUCCGCACCGCCUACCUCCACUACCUCCUGCAGCCCAAGGCCAAGCGGAAACAAUACGUGUCCCCGCCGACGAAACAACCGGCCCGAUCGCACAUCAGUGUUGGCCAGCUGCUCCAGGAAUAUGGUUCCGGGGGCUCCUCAAGCCAGAAACUCCCCCACGGCUUCGCCACGCUGCUGCUCGAUCGCUUCGGCGGAGUUCUGACCGGCACCGAGACCCUCCCCGGCUUCAACGAUGCGGCGGUCAAGAGGAGCUUUGCCGAGGCUUACACCGCCUUUUCCGAAAAGACGUUUCGCAAGAAUAUGGAAAAGGAGAGAAAGUUCGAGCCUCUCGUCCUCAUCUUCUACUCAUCGGCCACGAAGGCUGCCCAGAAGGGCCGGGCACCGGAUGAUGAGUCGUGGAAGAUGCUUCCGGACCGCCACCUGGCCAUGUUCGUGAGGCUGGCGACGAAAAUUCUGUGCGAUCACGGUCACGAUCGCGACCGGCCGGAACUCGUCACGAGACUCAACUCGCUCGAGACCAAGCUCCUGACAAACGACCAAAACCUUGUCGACAGUGGCUCGGACGGUGUCGGCACAACCAUCGAGGUGGUCGUGCCCUUGAGUUAUGACGUCAAGGACAUGCCCAUGGUCCAGGUUGUCGUCGCCAUCUUUGGCCUGAGCCUGUCGGAAGUCCAGUCCGAGAUCAACGACCACCGCCAGGUUUGGAGCGAAGAGGCUGCCCUUCAGGAUCUCAAGUCAUACCAACUCCGCCUCAACUCCAACGGGUCUGGCGCCCUGGGCAGCCAAGAGUUCGACGUCGAGGAUGCGUUUGAGGAGUGGAAGAAGUCCGAGGCACCGCAUCUCUCGCAGAUGAUGCACAGCAUCCUGAUGGCGAAGCCCGAGCUGGCGAGAAGAUCGACCAACCGGCCGGACCGCCCUGUGCCCACCCGGUCUGCGUCCAUGUUUGUCGACGACCAGGCCUAUGCAGACCUCGGCCGCCUUCUCACCACGGCCGACGACAGCGUCCUGGGCUUCGAUCCCGCCGCGAGCCUCAGCAGGCUCUCCAUGAUUGCCGAGCCGAGUACCAUUCGGCCGGUCGAGGAACCCGGCUACACCUUUGUGCCUCCGGACCCGAGGGCGAUCUUCAAGUAUAUUCUUCAGCAGGCCAUGACCUUUGACCAACUUCACGCCGACCCGGAAGUCGAUUACCAACCCCUAUCCCGACCGUCUCUGGAGCUCAUGACGGAGCUAUGUGUUCGAUGGCGAAUCCCCCAGUUCUCUCGUCUCAUCGCUCUGCUCGAGGUGGCGACCCGCAAGUUUCUCGACCGCGAAAUAAUACCCGAGGAGCUCGAUGCCGUGUUCGACUUUGUCAAAUCGCCCCUGCCGGAACCGAAGAAGCCGCCGCCCAUGUCGCAGUAUGCCGUGCCUCUGAAUGAAAUCAGCUCGAGCCGUUGGACAAUCCACGACUUCGCCGUCUACCAGCAUACCCUUCGCAGCCUUCACGACGCGCUCCUCCGCGAGCUCUACGACCUCAUGGAGCAGUGCUACGAUACGAAGCCGCCCAGGAUUUCUGCCGUCCUCUGUAUUCUGCAACAACACGUCGAGAACGACGCAACCUUUUCCAUCAAGGCCGCGACCAUGACAAGCUUCACCGAGCAUCUGCGCGAGGGCCUCCGCGAGAGUGCCGCGGAAGUGUACCGGCAAUACAUGGAGAAGGAGAUACCGGCCCACAAGGAGGAAUGGGAGUUUGGCCACGUCGUGAAGCUGGGGAAAUCCGUCGCCAAGUUGUGUGAUCGGAUACGCAAGCGUUACAACAAGUUGCCCACCAUAAUGGGCGUCAACCCGCUCGAGGUUUUGGUCCAGGAGGCGUUUCCGAGCUUCGAAAAGGAUGCGGGUGCCAUCAUCGAGGCCAUCAUGCGGCGCGUCGGCGAAACGGGAGACGAGAUUGACAUUCAAGAUGGCUUCGAGCUCUACGGUGAGCUGGUCGAGAUCCGCCGGAUCCACCGAGAGUCGCUCCCAGACGUGCCGUUCGAAUUCGACGUGGAGACGCUCCUGGUUGAUUUCGUCUGGCGCUGGAUAUGCGCCGCCGAAACAAGGAUGACCGAGUUUGUCGAGCAGGCCAUCAAGCAGGACCAGUUUCAGGUCCGAGCGGAGAACCCCGAGGACAUUGCCCGAGACUCGGAGCGACAUAGCGUGUCCAUUAUUGAUCUCUUCAUGCUGCUCAACCAGACGAUCGAUCGAGUCUUCGCGCUGCAGUGGGACAGCGACGAGCACCACGCGCGAUUCAUGACGGCCCUGGCCCGGGCCGUGUCGAUCGGCAUCGGCCAUUACUGCGACGUCGUCGAUCAACGAUUCAUCAAGGAGAUGGACCGCCCGUCGGCCGAGGAACUGUCGUCUCAGACGAGGAGCACGCAGGAGAAGUGGAUGCAGUUGGCCAAGGAUGCCUGGAGCAGCAAGGGAAAGUACGAGCCUUUCCAGUUCUACCCCGAGUCCUUUGUCAAGCUCAACAAUAUCGAAUACGCCAUGCAAGAGCUCGACAAGCUGGAGAAGAGCAUGAACUCGGAAGCGUGCGCCUCGGUGCUCGAGCGGAUCGACGGCCCCAAGAAGAAGGUUCGCAAACCGAGCAAGUACACCUUCACGAUUAAGGUCAUGGAGGCCGAGGAUCUCAAGGCAUGCGAUGCCAGCGGGUACAGCGACCCCUACGUUGUCUUCGGGGACGAGUAUCAGAAACGGCUCCACAAGACGCGCAUCAUCCACCGGAACCUCAACCCCCGGUGGGAUGAGUCCUUCGAGGUCACGGUUCAGGGCCCGGUCAAUGUCACAUGCACCAUCUGGGACUACGACACCUUUGGCGACCACGAUUACGUCGGCCGGACGUCGCUUAAGCUGGACCCGGCCCAUUUCGGCGACUAUCUUCCCCGCGAGUUCUGGCUGGACCUGGACUCCCAGGGGCGCCUGCUGAUCCGGGUCAGCAUGGAGGGGGAGCGCGACGACAUCCAGUUCCACUUCGGGAAAGCCUUCCGGCACCUGAAAAGGACGGAGAGGGACAUGGUGCGAAAGAUUACGGACAAGCUCACGGCGCAGAUCAACUCGACCCUCUCGCGCGAGACGCUGCGAAGCCUGGUCGGCACCGGCGGCAUCGGCGCGUCGGUGACGAGCCUGUGGAAGCGGCGUACAUCGACGGCGCCGGCGAUGACGGCGGACCAGGUCGAGGGCGCGCUCGCGCCCCUCUUCGCCUACUUUGACGAGAAUUUCGCCAUCAUGAAGCAGACGUUGACGGAGGCGACGAUGACGGCGGUCAUGACGCGGCUGUGGAAGGAGGUGCUGAUGACGAUUGAGAACCUCCUGGUGCCCCCGCUGUCGGAGAAGCCGUCGACGAAGAAGCCCCUCACGCGCAAGGAGCUCGAUGUGGUGUACCGCUGGCUCGAGAUGCUCUUCGACUUCUUCAACGCCCGGGACGAGGAAUCGGGGGAGCAGCUCGGCGUGCCGUCCGAGGUGCUGAAGUCGCCUAAGUGGCACGAGCUGGCCUCGCUGAACUUUUUCUACUUUGAAGACUCCAACGGCCUCAUCCGAGAGUCGGAACGGAUCGCGUCGGCGGCCGCGCAGCAGGCGCAGACGGCACUGCAGCGGCAGGGCGCGCCGCAGAAUCGCAUGUCGGCGCCGGCGGGCUUCGGGGCGAGCUUUGGCGGCGCCGGCGCCUUUGCGAGCAUGGGAACGAUCAAGCGCGGCAAGAGCAUCAUGAUGAGCCGCAACCUGGGCACGAUGCGGCAGGCCAAGGAGGCGAAGCGGAGAGAGGCGCAGGCGGACCCGAGCGACGAUAUGAUCCUGCGCAUCCUCCGCAUGCGGCCCGAGGCGGGCAACUACCUCAAGGAGCGACACCGGCAAAAGGAGCGACAGGCGACGACGGCGGCGGCGGCGCUGAUUGUCAAGAACAGCGUGCUUCAGGGGUGGAACGCGGGGGGCGGGCAGUUUGGGAGGAACAACCUGCCGCGGCGGUAG